AUGAAGAUAUCGAAUUAUUUAAUAUUCAACGUUGUUACUAUCUUCCUUUUAGCCGUUCUACCAACAGGAUUUACGCAAACUGUACAAUAUUCAUACUUUACCUAUCAAGAAAGCCCAAGUCCAUAUAACAAUCUUACCGGGGUUCAACCUCACAUUAUAGAUAUUAAACAUUAUACUGAUAAUUCGGGUACUUCAGUUGUUCGUGUCGCUCGGACGAAUUACUUCAAUUACUUCACCUAUAAUUAUUGUUAUGAGCAGAGGUUAUUACUUCGUGUUAUUCAAGCAAAUGGAAGUGUUAUCGAAAUAAAUUAUGUUAAUGCUACUGAAAUACAAGAUAUCAAUUAUUGUAUGGUUGCGAGUGGUCAAAAAAAUCCCAUAAAUUUUUAUCCAUUAUUUGACCAAUACAUUUUAGUAACAUAUACUCAUGCAACUGAUACCUCUGACAAUACAACUUAUACGGACCGUGGAAUGGUUUUUGAUUGGAAUGGAAAUGUUAUAAGUAACCUCGAUUUUGGACAUUCUUUCUUGAUCCAAGGCACAAGUUGGUAUCCGAAUGAAUUUAUAGUUAAUAAUAUUACUCCUCAAAAAGGUUUCUUACGUUUAUCUGCGACAAAUGGUAAUGGAACUGAUUCUUUCAAAUGGGCCCAAUAUCAACACAAUGGCAAUGGAGUAUUCUCUUUAUUACAGAAUGACACAGUUCCGAGUGUAAACCUUUCUACCAGCUUUCAAGUUGUUGUAUUUGCAACUCUAAAUGACGGAUAUGCAAUUGUAUAUGCUAACACGACUAAUAGCCCUCAAACUUCUGAUCCGUUAUCCGCUCAACUUACCCCAAAAGCAGGAAUCUACGCGAUAUUAUUAGGUUAUAAUCAAACAAGAACCAACCAAAGAAUUAUUUUAUAUGAAAUGACUACUUCUAAUCUAACAUUCACAAAAUUAUAUUGUUCUGUCGAUUCCGUUUUCAUUGGCCAUACAUGCAUUAUACCCGUACUACAAAGAAUUUUUACCCCAACUAAUGUAAACGUUACUUAUUCUAAUGUAACAACGACUACACUUGUUAGCGCAACUACAACUGCUGCCGUACAGGUUAUCACCCCAGUUAAUGUCACCGUAGUUAACAACACUGCUCCGCCUAAUAUAACUACAAAAAGUUUUUAUAUUAAAAUACGUUUUCUUUCCACCGGAUCUGUGAUGUCAUUGGAUCCAAUAUUCGACAUAUCUUCGAAUACCUCAGAAAAUAUUAGGACACUACCUAAUGGAGGAUAUGCGUAUAUAUCACGACAAUAUAAUGGAUUGAAUAUAAAUUUCAACUUUAGUCUUUACGAUGAAUUUGAUAAAUUAUCUAAUUGGACGUUUCCACAACAGCCAGUUAUCUCAAAUUUUAAUGGCGCCUUUGAUGUAUUGCAAAAUAAUACAAUGCUAGUAGCACUAAAUGAAUCUACUACCGCUUGGAACCUUCUUUCAAUCGAUCUUCCACUACUUGCUCCGCCUCCACAAAUCGAUAGUGGUUAUGGUAAUUUACAAAUAAGCUCAACAUAUCCUCUAAGAAAUGAUAACAAACUACCUUUAAAUACCGAUACGAUCAUCAUCGCAUACUAUAAUCGCAUUUCGCUUUCUGAUGGCAAUUUAACUAUUUAUCAGACAAUCAAUAACACUAAUAUCCCCCGACUAUUGAUUAAUUCAAGAACUUGUGAUACUAGUAAAUGCAUUCCUUUAGAAACCAUCCUCAGUCUCAAAGUUCUUACAUGUACCUUCAAUGAUCCUGGUGGCCAAUAUUAUAUAGUAAUUAAUAAUAACUUUGUAAAGAGUUCUGAUUACAAUGAACCAAUAAUGGGAAUUGAUCAAAAUAUAUGGAAUUUUCAAACAGAUAAUAGCAUACCAUCAAAUCAAAAGCGAGCUGGCGAUGUCCGUGGAAAACUACGGUUAACAGUAUCUGGAUCUAUUUAUUUUCAAACAUUAAGUGAUUCUGAAAGAAAUGAAUUUUUUAAUAGUUUAAUAAAUGAACUCCUAGUUAUAAUUCCCACAGAACAAAGAAGAUUGGACUCAAAUAGACUUUAUCAAAAGGAUCCAUCCAGUACAGAUCAAAUUCUUAUCUCGCUUAUUGUAUAUGAGAUGAAAAGUGGUGACAAAAAAAAUUCCACAGCAAUCCAAAAUGAUUUAAACGAACUAAUAAAUAAUAAAGAUUCUACGGGCAUAUCAUUAUUUGGAAAUAAAACGUUGUUGUUAGAUAAAGAAUAUGGAUUUCAAUCGUCAAUGUCAAUAAUAGAUUUCUUUAAAUUACAUGAGACAAAAUUCAUUUUGUUAUUUGUGGGCAUAGUUUUAUUUUUAAUAUUAUUUAUCAUUGCCAGAGUAAAAUCACCAAAGAGUCAAAACUUUAUCAUUCUCCAAAUUGGCAUUACAAUAUUUCGUAUCGCUACAGUUACAAUAUUCACAUUUACUGAUGCAAAAACCGUCCCAAAUCUUUUCAUACCGAGUGUCGAGUACGAUAUAAUUCCAUUAUUCGCUUUAAUAGCUUCAGGCCUUUCAGUACUUUCCAACAUACUCAGUAAAUUAUUCUUUAUUAAAUUUAAGAAAUUUUCGCCCUAUUUAGUAGCUUUUUAUGAUCAUCACGUUGUCGAAUCAGAAAGUCCUGAUGAACAGAAAAGCAACUCCGAUGAUUAUAUAAAUGAUGAUGAUAGCUAUAUUUAG